UGAGGGGAGCGGAGGGGGCCGCGGCAGCUUGGGCUCGGCUCGGCGGCCCUGGGUCGAGCCGGGAGUCAAUAAUGCCUCUUUUUUUUUUUUUUUUCCCCCUCUUUUUUUCCCUGGUGUCGUAGGGCAGGAUGGCUUCGGUUGAACGGGAGACGCUGUCCCAAGACGAACUCCGGAAAAGGCUCUAUCAGACCUUUAAGAACCGAGGCGUGCUGGACACGCUUAAGACACAGCUCCGAAACCAGCUAAUCCAUGAACUAAUGCACCCGAUUUUAAGUGGAGAACUUCAGCCACAGGUUGUUCCAAGUGAGGACAGUUCACUUUUGAUCACAGCUUCCAACAGUUUGGUGGCAGAUCAUCUACAGAGAUGUGGCUAUGAGUAUUCACUUUCUGUUUUCUUUCCAGAAAGUGGAUUAGAGAAGAAGAAGCUGUGGACUGUGCAAGAUCUUCUUCAAUUAAUGAGAAUCAAUCCAAAAUCCAGUCUUUACAAAUCACUGACUUCGGGAACUCGGAAGGAGAAUAAAGGUUUUCUUAUGCAGAUUUUAAUCGGACUUACAGAGCAUCAUCUAAGUAGGGAAACUCAUGACACAGAGACUCAGACAACCUCAGUGCCUCCUUACAGAGAAUCUCUUGCUGAGAAGCUUCAGCUGAUUGAUGAACAGUUUGCAGACUCUUAUCCCCAGCAUCAGAAAUACGAAUCUUUAGAAGUAAAACUUCAUGAAUAUAGAAAAGAAAUAGAGAAGCAGCUUCAAGCAGAAAUGUGUCAAAAGCUAGAACAUUUUAAAGAAGUUGAAAUAGCAAAGAUUAAAAUGGAGGAGAAAGUGCAGACCCAGAAAGAAAUCUCUGAGCUGCGUCAUGAGUUGGAGAGGACACAUCAGGCAAAGUCUGAAGCCUUGAUUUCUCGUGAAAAGAAUGCUAUUGAGAGGCUUCAAAAGCAACAAGAGAUAGAAGCAAAGGAAGUAUACGCUCAGAGACAAAGUCUACUGAAAGACAUUGAAGUCGUAAGGACCAGAGAGGCGGAACUGAAGCAAAGAAUUGAGGCAUUUGAAGUCUCUCAGAAACUUCAGGAAGAGAAAAAUAAAGCUAUUGAUGAUGCACUUCGACGUCGGGAGGUUGCUGUGAAGAGCAUAGAGGAGACGUAUGAUCAAAAGCUUAAGACAGAACUCUUAAAAUAUCAGCUUGAAUUAAAAGAAGAACACAUAGCCAGAUCCAAUAAAGUUACUGAAGAUGAGAAAAAAAAUAAAGAGAAAGCUAUGCUUUUGCAUGAAGAAACCAUUGCUGUUAAUUCAAAAAAGGAGGAACUCAAGCAAGCUAUAUCACGCACGAGAGAGCUUGAGCUGGAUUUGGAGUCAGCAAAGGCCCAGGUUGUCUUGGUAAAUAAACAGAAUCAGUUGUUGACAGAAAAACUGAAAGAGGUAUCAGACUAUCCUUUGCUAAAGGAGGAGAAAUUGGAGCUCCAAGUGCAGAAUAAACUACUUAGGCAACAGUUGGAUGAGAGUCGCAGUGAGAACCAGCAUCUUCGAGACAAGCUAUCGCAGCCCUCGGCGGAGCACCUGGCCUGCCAAGUGGAGCUGAGGAGAGUGGAACAUUCUAGGAAGCUGGCACUGGAUGAAUUUGAAAGUCAUAGGCAGAUUUUGGAAAAGCAGCUACAAAGUGAGGUUGAGCGUUGUGCCCAGUUAAAGACCCAACUGUUGGAGUCGGAAGCUACUGUCAGGAAGUUAAAUGUGCAGGUUGAGGAACUGAAACUGCAGGUGAAACAAACACAGGCAGCUCUAGAAAAUGAAGUGUAUCGGAAUCCAAAGCCUUCAUUUGUCGAUCGCUCUGUCCUUGACUUCACUGGUGACAGAAUUGUACCCCAUGAUAUUUAUGUGGAUAGCACAUUCCUAAAGAAUCAGGUUAUGACUGAUGUGAUGAAGGUAAAUGCUGUGCCGAGAUUUGGCUAUCAGCAGCAGUUACAGCCACGCAGUGCUUCUCCAGAUUCUGACCUAGAGUGUAUGGCACAAACCCGGGCUAGAAUAAAAGAACUAGAAAAAGAGGCAGAGUAUUUGGAAGAAGCCUACAGGAACUACCAACACAGAGUCAUGCAGGAUGCAGCUGCAAGCAGAACGCCAAGAAAGAUGCAGUCUCCUUUACUCCUACAGUGUGCUGUUAGCAGACCCCCCUUGACGACCCAGCAUGAACUUCUAGAGGAUAAUCCCAGCUCCCAGCACUCCCCCCUGAGCAGUCCAAGAGGUGAAAAACACAUCAAAAAAUCUGGGCAGGUUGAGGUCUUUAAAAAUCCGUUAACGCCACCGUGCAGAGGAGCAUCUUCUUCAAGACGCCUUUCUUCUACUCCCAUUUCGAAAUUGGAAAGAGAUCUUGGUAACAAGAAAACUUCAGAUGACAUCAGCGGCUCAUACCUUGCCUCUUCACAGCAGAGUGUUGACCAGGUGCUUUCUCCUAUUUCAAAGCCACAUCUACUUUCAUCUUCUGAGUCUGUUUCUUCCUCACCAUCCAGUCGUGGCCAGAAAAUCAGACUUCAUAAUGAAAGAACAGAUAAACAAGAUUUCAGUGAUAUCCCCAAACCAGAGAAACUAAUGUAUGAGGACCUUGAAGAACGCAUUUCUUCUCUUGAAUAUCAGGGGGACAUUCCAGAGCAGUGUGAAAGUGAUGCCUUGCAUCCAUCUGGGGACAUCGUCAAUGGAAACCAUGUCACAGCCACUGUGCCAGCAACAGCCACUUCACUGCAGGACUUAACGGUGCUGGAUCAAAGACAGAUUGAAGAACAGAAUAGAGAAGUUGAGAAAAACUUAGAAGAAAGGAAAGUAAGAGAAGAAAGGAGAGAGAAAGAACAACAGGAAGCUUUGGAAAGAGAGCAAAAAGAAGCGGAAAAGCUUAACAAAGAGCAGAUCCAAGACUCAAUGAAAAUAGAUGAAGAUGAGGGAGUAAAAUCUGAAAACAGUAAUGCUGGUGCUGAAGAUAAUGUAAAGGUUCCUACUCCAAAUCCAUUAGAAAAAUACAUGAGAAUAAUUCAACAGCGCAGAGAGGAGGAACUGGCAAACAAGGAUUCAAAAAAAGAAGAAAUAGGAGAAGUAUCACUUACAGAGGGACUUCUAUCUAGUGAAAAGGAUGACAGCACUGCAGGCAUUUCUCAUGGAGACAUGGAUGAAAACUUCUGGUGAACAACACUGAUUUUGAGUUGUCUCAGCACUUCAGUCAUUGACUUCAAAUAGCAAGCCCUGAUGUGGUGUUAAUCCAGGAGGCCCUUGAGUGGGGUGAGAGAAAGGACAAAGCAGUGCAAAGAAAUUAAUCCAUAUGUUCAGGUAAGUUGGCUUUGGCACUGAAUUCCUAUAAACUUGGACGGCUUUUCAAGUGGUGCUCCCCACACCCCAAACCCUUCCCCUCCAACUGUUAGAACCUGUAGAUUAAAGAAACCAUGGGCAGGUAACAAAAAAUUCAGUCAUCAUCACAGGUUUUUAAAGAUGUCCCGUGGAAGGCCUUGGCUUGCGCAGCUUCAGAGAGCCACGUGUGACAGACCCAAGCUGACUUGCUCCUUUUACUGCUACGGCAGGGGAAGCAAACACUUUCAAAAGCAGCCUUAGCUCAUGUAUCACCUUGUUGGCAUUAACCAGCCCAGAACGGAGAGAUUCAAAUAAAAAUGCUAUUUAACUCACUCAUCUUUAUUUAAGCUUUGUAUUUUGUAGGUAGGUUAUAGGCAAGAUCAUUAAACUUUAUUUACAGUAUAAAAUACAGUAAUUUUUUAAUCAAUGAAGUAAUUUUGGGUGGCAGCAUAUAUUACAACUUGCACUGCAUUGGAGGCUGCUCAUCUUGACCUAACUACAAGAACAUGAAGCCAAGUUUGACAGAAUUUAGGGGCAAAACCCAUAGCUCUAUCUUGAAUUCAUUGGAUGUUGAAACACGACAUACCAAAAAUGUGACAGAUAUAAACUUUCCUUUAGGAAUUAAGCUAAAAUGUGAUUUGGUGGCUAGUCUAAUUUUACACACUGCUUAAUUUGGUCUUGCAGCAACACUGGAUUUACAGCUUGGUGGUUGAUGUCCGGAAUGGGAUGGAUAGCACUUGUUGCGUUAUGCUGGCCUGGAACAACUACCAAUACUUCACGCUAGAAACACUCGCUGACUUACCACGCUGACACGGACACCUACAGGGCAUCCCUGCCCCGUACAGGGGCAAGUGGAUUGAUACUACGGAACAAAAACGUGUGUAACUUCAGAGAGAGACAUGAAGCAGAGAGAUGCACUAGUAUGGAGUAGCUGAAGGUCUGUUUUCAAAUAAGCGUACACAAGUGGUGUCUAUUAUCUACAAAUAUUUAUUUUAACACUUGGAUGUAACUACAGGAAGCCCUUGGCACUGAUAGAAAAUAUUGAUUCACUGUUAGGUUACAAAAAUUUAUACAUAGCAAAAUUUAAUGCUCUUUACAUAAAAAUAUUAGACUACUUAAACAAAACUUCAAAAACUCCCAGUAAUAGCUACACUGAAUUAGAAAAGAAUUAGGCUUUAAGACACUGCCUCCAUUAUUACCCUUAUGCAAACACUGGGCUAGAACAUCACCUGCAUUGCUGUAGAAAUGUCUCCUUCAUGCAACAGGUAAGAACAUACACUAGGCUAUUUUGUCAUAUUUGCUCUACAUUGAUCAACUUUGCCCCUUUUUUGAAACUGUCAAAUUAGACUCCAAUAUUUAACAAAAAAAUUAUAUUUGAAAUUAAUACCCCCCAAAAUACCUUUUCUCUUAAUACUGACUUGAAGAAAUUUGUGCUUCCUUUGAUUUAUAUUCAGCAAACAGUCAAAACUAUCAAACCACACGUCAGCUUAACAUGGGUAUGACUUAAAUAUUUAAUUUUUUUAAAUGACUGAUGCAUUUUACUUUUUCCCCCCAACAUUUAUAUAUAUAUAUAUAUAUCAUAUAGAACAAACACCAAAUAUACCAUCACUAAUACUCAAGAUAUCACUGAAUGCUUCUGAAAAAAACAUUAAUUAGAAGGCAGACUUCUAUGGGAAAUGACUUUUAAAAUGGCACCAGUUUGUUGUUUGUUUUUUUCUGAACACCACGUUUUCUUCAUGUGCUAAUUAAUUUGUAAAAAGGAAAACACAUAAGCACUGACUAUAAAUUUGCUAAGCACCAAGAUAGAGAAAGGUGGACAUCCUGUAUUCUGGUUUAUGGCUGUAAUUUUUAUUGUUUGUGUAAAACUCUGCAAACUUUCUCAUCCACUCAUUUGGAAUAGUCAGAUCAGUGUCAUUUUAAUAAGGUAACACUUUUCACUUACUUAAAAUGUAGGAUAAUGGUCUCCUGCCACUAUAUAAAUGCUAAGACAUUUAUAGAAAAUAAAUAUUAAGGCAAAGCUGACAUUUAUUUUCAAAGAAGGGGAUCAUUAUCCAGAUCCAGGGAUCUACAUUCCAUUAAAUAGUUAAUAAAAAGAUUAAAACUCAGGACGUCUGCUCAGCACUCAGGUAAGCACAGGAGUGUGACUGCUUCAUCAUAAAAAAGUGUGGCACAAAAGCAGAGUGCUGUUCCUGUGGCCCGUGUAAAUAGUGUUCAAAGACGGCCCCGUUGCAACUUCAAACUGCUGCAACUGUGCUGUCACGUAAGCACGAGCUGUCAGAAAUCCUAGCCGGCCACGGUUUCAUUUGGUAUAUAAACGGAGAUACUAAAUCACGUGCAGAGAUCUACUGCCUGCUGGUUUGGAGCACCUGCCACAGUUUUGUGCAGGACGUCAUGCUGUAGAACUUGUCAAAUAUUAAAUACCAAAAGUCUCAAAGAGGAAUAAUUUGGUCACUUAUUGUGAAGUGUUGCCUUUUAAAAUGCCUGGAAUAAACCCUCCAUUCUCUCUAUGAAAGGAUGGAAGAUUACCCUUGGGAAGAUUUCCCUGUGAAAGCGUUCCAGGAGCUGGAACGUGAAGCUUUUGCACUUCUCUCUAAUUUUGUUUGGUAGACACACAUCUGUACUGCAGAGCAGCUAUUUGUUGAUUUGUCAGAGCUACAGAAUUCUUCUGCUGAAUUACUGUGGCAUACAUUUAUGUGUAAGAAUUGAGUUGCUCUUUUGACCGAGACUGGAUAUCCUGAAGCUCCUGCUCUUCUUUUGCUUUGAUAUCUUGGUAGGCCUGCAUUUUGCUUGCAUCCUUUAAGUAGGCCCAGUUAGAAGACAGUAUCAUGAGGAAGUGGAUCUGGAAGAGAAGGGUGAGCAUGAUGGCUAGUGAGCAUGUCAAGAGGCAAAGCAAGCUGCUAGUUAGAUUAAUAGACGCUCUUUAAAA